UCUUAUCAGAAUUUUUAUCAGUUCAGCUUCAGAAUGGAGCUGGAAAGACACAAAUGGACGACAUUUUGGAUUCUUCUUUUUCUACUUGUCAUGAACACAGUUCUACUAGCUGGAGCGAGUGGAUGCAAGAAGGUGAUAAUAACGGACGAACAGCCAGGCAAAGAGUUGACGAAUCACGUGGAGGCAAACUUUACAGGGGUCACAGAAGUACUGUGUCGCAUCAAAUGCUUUAUAAGUGACACCUGUCAAUCAUACAACUACGACAACUCAUCACAGACCUGUCAGACCAGUACGUCAACUCGUGUUCAGAACCCGGAUGAUGUCAUCAAUAAGACGAACAGCAUAUACGUGGGAUUCGAGAAUCAAUGUGAUGAUAUAAGGUGUCCUCCUGGCAAAAAAUGCAAAGCUAAUUUCGAGGCUGAAAACUUCAGGUGUAUCGAUGCUGUCUGUUUUCAUGGCCCAUGCAAGAACCAGGGCACUUGUAGCGCCGUCCCUGGUGACUCGUCAAGAUACACGUGCGCGUGUGCACUUGGUUUUGCCGGUGUCAACUGUGAAAAAGGCCCAUAUAUCAACGUCGCUUUGAAUAAAGAAACAGCUCAGUCGUCUACAAAUCAACAACUUACAAUCUAUCGAUCAGAACGUGCUGUAGAUGGGAAUAGGAAUGGAAAUAUUAAAAAUUGUACUCAUACUGACGAAGAAAACGAUCCCUGGUGGAGAGUGGACUUAGGGGUUAAUUAUCAAAUUUCAAGCCUCUUUAUCGUCAACAGGGCUGACUGUUGUGGCGGCCGACUUUCUAGCUUUGAAAUACGCAUCGGCGAUAGUCUUGACAACAAUGGGAAUGAGAAUCCCAUGUGUGGCUCCUCAUAUUCCAUCCCAACCGGAGGAAACAGUUCUAUUAUCUGCAGCCCACUGCUUACAGGUCGCUACGUCAACAUCAGAAUUCCUGGGAAAGAUAAAAUACUGACUUUAUGUGAAGUCGAAGUGUACCCGACCAUUGAAGAAGCGACGCGAACCACUCCAGCACCAACGACAGCCGAAACUACAGCAAUAACUACGCCUACGACACAUACGACACCGACGGAAGAUACGACACCGACGGGAGAAACGACACCGACGGGAGAGACGACACCGACGGGAGAAACGACACCUACUGGAGAAACGACACCGACGGGAGAAACAACACCGACGGGAGAAACGACACCGACUGGAGAAACGACACCGACUGGAGAAACGACACCGACGGGAGAAACGACACCGACUGGAGAAACGACACCGACUGGAGAAACGACACCGACGGGAGAAACGACACCGACGGGAGAAACGACACCGACGGGAGAAACGACAUCGACUGGAGAAACGACACCGACGGCAGAAACGACACCGACGGGAGAAACGACACCGACUGGAGAAACGACACCGACGGGAGAAACGACACCGACUGGAGAAACGACACCGACGGGAGAAACGACACCGACUGAAGAUACGACAUUGACGGGAGUUACGACACCGACAGUGGUGUCUGGUGUUGGAUGCGUAUUGCACUUCGCAACCAAACUUACAUCCAACUAUAUCCAAUUAAACCAGCCGUUUGGUUGGUUUGAUACCUUUUCAGUAUCAGUGUGGCUGAAAAUGGAUGUAGAUGACGAUAUUGACCCCGCUGUGAUACUCUCGUACGCAACGGCCUCGGACGUGGAAGCACUAUCAAUCGGUAUUAAGAAGGAUGGUGUCGCGGAGAUCAAGUUUGCUGGAGCAGGAGCGUCACUCGUAUCUGGCUUUACCCGUGACAACACUUGGCAGCAUCUAGUGUUUUUGUAUGGAAAUGGAACGUUCCAAGUUUACAAGAACAAUAUCUUACAAGGGGAGAAAGUAGUUUCAGGUGUCGCUCCCUUAAACCCGGCAAGUAGUAUCUUAGUGAUUGGCCAAAUUCAAGGAUCUCUUGGAGAAAACUUUGACUCUUCGAAGUUGUUCUACGGCUACAUGGCGAACCUUAAUUACUGGGGAUACGCAACUGAUGACUGGGCAAGGGGGCGAGCGCUCAUCCAAGGUUGCAAAGGCUCUUCACUUCUAGCAACACCACCAACACUGUCAUGGGAGACAAUUACCGGUAAAAAGCUAUUGGGCAACAUACAACCACAAUGCGCGAUGACAUGCCCUUAAAGCAUCAUGGUUACGGUUUGCUUCUCCGGGGGACGGACGGAAACCUCAAGAGACAAAAGAAUCUAUUAGAAUUUAAGAGACCAUUCACUAUUUAACAGGCCAUCAAUUAUCAGUCACAUCAACUCUUCAAAGUUGUUCUACGGCUACAUGGCGAAGCUUAAUUACUGGGGAUACGCAAUUGAUGACUGGGCAAGGGGGCAAGCGCACACACAGGGAUGUACAGGGUCUCUAUCUUCAGCAACCUUGAAAUGGGAGACAAUUACCGGUAAAACGCUUUUGGGCGACAUACAACCACAAUGCGCGAUGACAUGCCCUUAAAGCAUCAUGGUCCCGGUUUGCUUCUCCGGGGGACUGACGUAAACUUCAUGAGACAAAAGAACCUAUUAGAGUCCCCGCUAUUCCACUAUUCAACAGGCCAUCAAUUAUCAGUCACAUCAACAAAGAAACGUCCAAUGGACACACUGCUUUUACAAUUUUGAAAUAUUUUUCGCUUUUUCCUUUAAAAACAAUCGCAUUUUUCGAUUGUUACGUAAUCCCCCGGAAGUAAACUGGUAAUAAUGCCGCUUAAACGUCAAAACGGCUUGAUUGGCAAUGCGCUGUUCUCAUACGAGAAAUGGGCGUUCAAGAUUUAAUCAGCUGACGGGGAAGCUGGUGCUUGUUGUGUAUUAUCCAUUGACUAGGUAUUUGUCUUCGAGACGUAACAGUAUUAGCUUGUUUGAUUUUGUGGUUGCCAGGGAAAAGAUAAGUAGUUUCGUGAUUUAGCGUUUAAGGAGUUUAGUAAUCAAUAGUAUACCCUGGGUACCAAAGGCUCGAGCUGCACUCUGACACUGUACACCAGUCUUGACUACGAGGAGCCAAGCGACGUCGCUUCGCGAUUCGUGGUCGCCGCUUCGCGGCUCGUGUUGUAGGAGUGAAGCUCGAGCCUCUGGUACCCAGGGUAUUAAUAGUAGAAAAGAUAAGAAAAAUCGCUUUAAAACUUUUGAUGUAAUAACACUAUGAUGAAUUUAGAUAUAAAAUUUCGAUUUCGAAAGAACUAUUCGCAAGACAACCAAACUUAGGCUAAGUCAUCUUAGCGUCAAGGGGGUGCAACGGAUGCAACCAUUUAGGGUGACGUUAUCAAUAACGUCAUCACAAAUACCAAUAUUAAUAUUUUGAGCUACGAGAGUCGUGAGAAAACCAAACUUAGACUAAGUCGUCUUAGAGUCAAAGGGGGUGCGACAAUUGGGACAUGCCAUGUGACUUCCUUUUCCUAAAGGCACCGCCUUCAACUAUUUCAUACAGGCAAAGUUGUCAUAAACGUUUCGUCCUAGCUCACUUUGGCACAAAUCUUUGCAUGUAAAAGUCGCGUGAAGAAAUCCGUGUUGCAUGGAAAGUACGAGUUGCAUGGAAGGAUCUGUGUUGCAUAUGGAUAAUAACGUGUUGCGUGAAGAAAUCCGUGUUUCAUGGAAAGUACCAGUUGCAUGGAGUGAUUUGUUUUGCAUAUAGGUAAUAACGUGUUGCGUGAAGAGAUCCGUGUUGCAUAGAAAGUACCAGUUGCAUGGAGUGAUCUGUGUUGCAUAUGGAUAAUAACGUGUUGCGUAAAAGAGAUCCGUGUUGCAUAUAGAUAAGUACUUGUUGCAUGAAGAGAUAUGUAAUGUGUUGCAUUUGGGUAAUAUGGAAAUAUGCCUGAUUCAUAGGAGAGGUCCGUAAUUGCCGAGCUUUAAAUUAUUCGUGGUUUACUUAGGCUGGAGUCUCUCUCAAUUUAACAAUCUCAGAAAAAUCAACAAAGAGCUACUACUAAUAUAAAUGUACUGCAUUUUAGAUAUGCACUGAUUACAAAAAAAGAAAAGCAAAAUAGAUAAAUUUUCAUAUGACCUCAGUCAUCCCGCGUCAUAUUAUAUUUGCUGGGUCUGCAGACACUCUUAAUCUUCUUGUAUUUUGAACAUGUUGGCUUUUGCUAGGGAAAAUAACUCACAAAAAUCUUGUUCCCUGGCCUCUAUUGGCUGAGCGGCUUGUCGGUUAAUGACGUCACUUUUGAUUUGCCGCUCGCCAUAGGGACAGCGUAUCGAAGAGAACGUUUGACAACAGAAGGCUGUCGCAAGACGCCCGUGUGGACGAGGCUAAUAAUAUUCUUAGACUUCUGUGUCUGUUUCCUAAUGGCGGAUUUUUUAAAAAUUACUGUCAGACGUAAGAAGCCUCUUUACAUCCCUUGAUGAUAGGAAUGCACAAGGGUUCUCACAUAAGGGUUUUCAUUUCUACUGAAGUUUAUUUUAAUUGUAUUGCACUUUCGCACACUGUUGUAACUGAUGUAAACCUUAAUAAAAUCACCACAAAAAG